AUGUAUCGCGAUGAUGCUUCGACGGGUAUUGAAAGCAAGAUCUCCAACGCGCACGAAAGCGCCAAGGAUCUCCAAGCUCUACUCCACGCCUGGAACAUGGAGUCGUUCAACCACACACAAACCAGACAGGCUCUUAAGGUCAUCCAUCGGCUGGAAAUGAGUCGUCGCAAGGGCGUUGAGGGCCUGCGGAAGGAGCAAGACCGGCAGGUGGCGAAACUAAGAGUGCAAUCCAUCAGCUACCCGGGGGCUCUGAACGCGUCAAGGAAGCAUUCCGCCACCCACGGCUACGGGGGUACCCAGGACGACCCUUGGGAAGUCUCCCAAGGGCUGGCAGGCAGGGAGGCGAUUUCUUGUCGACGAGGACUUGCCAAUCGUCCCAACUCGAACGAAGAGCUUCCUGUCACAGUGGUGGCCAUGCCUAAGGUAGAGACGGGAUAUUCGGCAAGAGAAAAGCUGUGGAGAGCUUUCCUAGCCCACAGGCAGCUGGCCCUUGGCAGAGGUGCUCUUGCAUGCGUGGCGCAGUUGUCGGAGCAGAGUACGUUUACGUUGGAGAGGCGGAUAUCCACGGCCAAUCUCAUGAUAGGCGAACAGGGGUGCGUGCUGCGCUUGGGUGGCCUUCGCUGGGGCGCCGAGAUCCACGGAGUAGGACAAGCGACGGAGACUGCGCUGCGGCGGAGAGAUACCGAUCUUUGCCUCGGGCUCGCAGAAACGCUCGAGGGACUUCUGGGGUUUGGACGCUCCAAAGAUGAUGAUGAGACCGGGGCGGAGGACAACAACCCGGCAGACUCCAAGGAGCUGGGAUCUAAUACACAGGACAAGAUGUCGCUGAUGCUCGUCAACGUUUUGUCGUGGCUGCGUCUUCCGGCAGGGUCCAGGGAAGGGAUCACACUGAAAGGACUUCUAGGACACCAGUACUUCGCCCCGCUUCGGCACACGGACGUUGAAAGCGAGAUACCGAGCGCAUGGAAAACCCUGAUGGAUCAAGGGAAAGAGGUUUAG